AUGCGGAACUGCGUGAUAGACAGAGGCAGGAAGGAUCGGAGACGGGAGGCACGCGAAGAAGAGUGCUUGCAGCGUCCCACGUGGAAGCUCUUUCGCAUCAUAGUGCGGCGAGAGCCCAUCACAGUGGUGGCCAUCGGCAGCAGCUGCACGUCGGAGUUUGGAGGCAGGAAGGGGCCGCAGCUCAAGCUGCUCAACCUCGACGCCUUUGAAUUCGGCCGAGUGGUGCAUCCAGACGGCUGGCUCACAGCAGCACUAGACUGGCUGCUAGCAGCGUUCCCACCCAGCAAACCGCACGACUUCUCCGCAACUCCUCUCCCCGACGCCGUGCCAGCGGGGGACCAAGCCCCCCAGCAGCCCUACUGGCUGCUCAACCUCGCCAUUGGGGCUAUUGGGCCACAGCCCUGGGGGAAAUGUCUGGGGAGCACGUACCUGGCGAAGCUCCCGAAGGAGGUAGAUCUGGUGGUGGUUGAGUGGGCGUUAGCAGCGAGCUACCCCGAGAUAGCCAAGGACAUGGACAUUGUGCUGCAGCGCCUGCUCAAGCUCUGGCCCACACCGCCCGCCUUCCUCUUUGUGCAUUUCUUCUUCUGGUGCCGGGGCAACCUCUGGUGCCGCACGUGGCUGACGGAUCCCAAGACGGGAGUGGAGUUGGUGGAGGAGGGCCCUCAGCAGCCGUUGACGCGGGAGAACAUCGGGGUGUUCUCGUUUGACUCGUUUGACCGCCGCGGCACCGGCCGAGUCACAGAGGACGACUUCCUGGUGCUCGCACGCUACUACGGCUUUCCAGCGAUUUCCAUGCGCAAUGCAUUUUGGAACCUCGCAACACAGCAGGCGCCCCAAUUCGGCUUGCACGACCUGAUAGCCAUGGACGACAUGGGGCUGCAUCCGGGCCUGCCGCUCGCUCGCACACGAUACGCCGACGUGCUCAUCAACUUCUUCCGCACCGCCAUUCAAGGCUUCUUUGACCGCCAGAGGGCAGCCAUGAAAGCGUCCAUGGAGGAGAGAGCAGCGGAGUUGGAGCUGCUCAAGGUGCCGCCGCCGCUCUUCGCACGCUGGUUCCCGGGGGAGUUUGGAGGGCAGGGCGAGCAGGUGGCGCUGUGCUACUCGUACGAGCUGCUGGAGGCGACGGUGCCGCCUGUGCGGGCAGUGAGUGGAUUCAACUUCACGAAAGACCCCGACUCCAAGAUCCCCAAGCCGGGUUUCGCCACGUGGCAAGCAGGAAGCUUCGCGGAGUUCAUAUUUGACACGUCAGCACAGAACAAGCCGGCCCUCCAGCUGGACAACCCCUCCACCGCCCAGGCCCAGCUGGAGAUCCGGUACCUCCACGUGUCUCCUCACUCCCUCGUAUUUCGCUUCUCUCCCCUUCCAGGAAGCUUCGCGGAGUUUAUCUUUGACAUGUCAGCACAGAACAAGCCCGCCCUCCAGCUGGACAACCCGUCAACCGCACAGGCCCAGCUGGAGAUCCGGUACCUGGUCAGCUACGAGCGAAUGGGAGUGGGACACGUGGCGUGCGUGGAGGGGUGCGAGUGCGAGGGCGGGGAUAUAGACGCCACCAUCUCGCAGCAGUGGUCGGUGCCUGAGAAACGGGUGUUGGAUGUGAGUCAGAGCGAGCGGUGUGUUGUGAGGAUUGACGUGCGGCGCGGGAAAGGGGAGAAGUUUAAGAUUCUCAGCUUCACAGUCAUGUUCAAGCCAAUGUAG